UCAGUCGAUCGGGAGUGGUGUGAGGAGCUGUGUGCAAAAAGGGUGGUUCUUUCGGGUGGCUAUAGGUUAGGGAGAUAGAACCGGGAGCGGCCCUGAGGGACAAAGUCGAAAGAUUCAGAGACCGAGCCUUCUUCCCCCAGACGCUGCGGGUAUAUGCCGCUGCCGGCUGCCCCAGAACCGGUCCUCAAGACUCACUGCCCCCACAUCCUCCUCUUUGUCCGACUCUUAUAAAAUGAUGCUCCUAUGAACACCCCAACUCCCGGAGGUGAAACUGUCCCCGGCUUCUUGCUGACUUGCAGCUUUCUGGUUGAAGCUAAGCCUUCAAGACCAUACAACCCCAUACCCACUUCGCGAUUAUGGCGCUGCAGGAGGUGUGCGGGGCCCCCCGAGGGCCGAAGAAGGAUUGCGCCUUCCCCGCCCUGGGCAGCCAGCUUCGCUCGGACCCCGGACACUACAGUUUCUCUCUGCGAUCUCCGGAGUUCGCCCUCCCCCGAGGAAUGCAGCCCACUGAAUUCAUCCAGUCCCAUGGUCGGAAUGGAGAAAGGAACGUUCAGAUCGAAAUGGCCCACGGCACCACUACGCUGGCCUUCAAGUUCCAGCAUGGAGUGAUUGUGGCGGUGGAUUCUCGGGCUUCGGCUGGGAGUUACAUCAGCACCUUAAGGUGUAAUAAGGUGAUUGAGAUUAACCCUUACCUGCUUGGCACCAUGUCUGGCACUGCAGCGGACUGUCAGUACUGGGAGCGUUUGCUGGCCAAGGAAUGCAGGCUGUACUAUCUGCGGAACGGGGAGCGUAUCUCAGUGUCGGCAGCUUCCAAACUGCUCUCCAACAUGGUGUUUCAGUACCGAGGCAUGGGCCUGUCCAUGGGCAGUAUGAUCUGCGGCUGGGAUAAGAAGGGUCCUGGACUCUACUAUGUGGAUUCAAAUGGGAAUCGGCUCUCCGGAAAUAUGUUCUCCACUGGCAGUGGAAACACCUAUGCCUACGGGGUCAUGGAUAGUGGCUACCGGCCAGAUCUUAGCCUCGAAGAGGCCUUUGAGCUGGGCCGCAGGGCUAUUGUUUAUGCCACCCACCGAGACAACUAUUCUGGAGGCGUUGUUAAUAUGUACCACAUGAAGAAAGAUGGUUGGGUGAAAGUGGAAAGCACAGACGUCAGUGACCUGCUGCACCAGUACCGGGAGGCCUGGCAGUAAUGGCGGCUGCUGGACACGCCUUCUCUGGCAAAGCCUGGCUGACUCAGGGUCCAGGCCAGCUUACACCCCACAGGAAAGAGGGGCCUAACCUGAGCUCUGUAGGAGAUAACCACUGGCCAGUGGGGGCAGGGGGGAUUUUACCCCAUUGAGAGUUCUCUGUUUCAGGGAUCAUUCCCCUUUCCCAGCCUCUGGUUGCUCCACUAAACACAAUAAAGGAAAAUGGUUAUAAA